AUGACUCGAUCCUACGUCUACUUUUCGGCCCUCGUCGCCUUUACGGCCGCGACCGCCAUGAUCGUCGCCUCCAUCUUCCUUCCGGCGUGGAUCACCUACUCGGUCACGAGCCCCCAAGGCGACAAGGUCGAGAUGCACGUCGGUCUUCACAGACGCUGCAUAAACUUCCACGACCCGCCCUGCACGGACUACCCCACGCCGGACAUGUGCCAAGGCGAAGACGGACGCACCUUCUGCUCCAUGUGGAAAACCGUUGGCUUCCUGGCCUCCUUGUCCGCCAUACUGUGCCUGGCAAGCCUGGUCAGCUUCCUCGUCAUCAUCAAGGGCGGCAAGUACAAGCGCGAGACUGGCUGGCCCUUUGUGACGGGCAUGCUCACGCUGGUGUCGCUGGUGGAAUUCUUCAUCGUCGGGACUGUGUCGUAUCUGUCCCGUCACGACGACCAGUUUGCCAUUCCGGGCUUCAACCUGGAUGUCGGUUGGCAGAUCAGCCUGGCUAGCGCCGUCAUAUGUCUCCUGGGGGCCGCUGGCCUGGCCGCGUCUGCGUAUCUGCUCCCUCCCGAGGACGGAUACAGCUUCCUGGAGGAUGCGGAUGCUUGA